AUAACAACAUCCGCAGCUAUUUCGGACGGGUGCUCUAAAGGCGGAUGUUGAAUUCCCAAAGGUAUUUAACGUAUGCCACUUCGCCAUUGACCGGUCACUCUUCACCAUGCUGCUGUGGGCAAUACUCGCGCUAUUUGCAGUGGCCUCGGCCAAAGACUACACUGGGUAUCAAGUUCUUUCUGUUGAACCCAGAGAUGUCAAUGACCUUGAAUUCUUACGACAACUGGGACGAAAUAGAGAAAUGAAGAUUAACUUUUGGGAGGAGCCAGUCCGCGUUGCUAGGGUAUCAUUCCACGUGCCCCCAGUUUCCAGCAUGAUGGUCAAACAAGUCCUGGCAGACAAUGGCAUUCCAUUCUCUAUUGUCUACAGCAAUCUACAACAGCGCAUUGAUGAAGUAGAUGCCGCUAGAAUUGCGGCAAGGUUUAACGCCGACCCAACAAACUACAUACUCAGUGACUAUCAGAGACCGGCCACAAUAAACGCAUGGUUGGAUACCCUCGGAAACCAAUAUUCACAAGCGACUGUAAGAUCUAUUGGGACCUCAACUGAAGGCAGAGACAUGAAAACUAUAACUAUCAGCACCGGAACGACUGGGCGACGCUCUGUGUUAAUUGACUGUGGCAUUCACGCAAGGGAAUGGAUCACCGUCUCCACAUGUAUUUACAUCAUACAAACCUUACUUGAACAAUAUGGUUCAAACCCAGAAGUGACUUCAGUACUCGAUAGAUACGACUUCUACGUUCUACCUGUCACGAAUCCUGAUGGAUACGAGUUUACAUUCGAAAAUGGAACCCAAGGUGAUCGUCUUUGGAGAAAAACUCGCUCUGUUAAUGCUGGCGAGGAAGAUGAUGACCAAUGCUGGGGAACUGAUGCCAACCGGAACUUUGACUCAUUCUGGGGAGACGCAGGAGCUGAUCCAGACAUCCCAUGUUCAGACGUAUACCCAGGUACCCAGGCAUUUUCCGAACCCGAGACCAGAGCUCUGCGUGAUUGGGCCUUGUCUAUCCCUAACAAGAUCCUUUUCUUGAAUAUCCACUGCUUUACUCAGCUCUGGCUAGUACCCUAUGGCUAUCAUCCAAGCACUCCAUACCCCGAAGAUUACGAUGAACUGGUACGAGUAGCCAACAUUGGUGUGGCUGCACUACAGGCUGUCAAUGGACUGGAAUUUGAAGUAGGAACACCCCCUGACAUUUUGUAUGAGGUAUCUGGAGGAGCUCUUGAUUGGGCAAAAAUAACUGGAGGAUUCAAGUAUUCCUACUCCCCCGAAUUGAGGCCAGAAAGCCCAUUUGACGGAGGUUUUAUCCUUCCACCAGGGGAUAUACUCCCAGCAGGUCGUGAAGUGUUUGCUGCACUACUUUCUCAUUGUAACGAAAUGCAAUAAACUAGUUUAGAAACUUGAAAUAUGCUUUGAAAUGGCAAAA